CGACCUCCUUGUUCCGCACGUCCAGCAGGGGCAGUGGGUAGUCGCCCCGUGACGUGGUUGUGGGCUGGAGGUGUCCUGGUGCCCAUCAGCCUCCCCCAGGCCCGCCCGUGAGACAGAGCAGUCAGUGGGGCUCCCCGUGGGGCUGCGGCGCUGGCCCGGGGCCGUCGGCUGCGGCGUGCGCGUGCCGGCUGCAUGCGCUGGGGUGAGCUGCCGUAGCAGUGCAGAGUCCGGGUCGCGUGGUGACUUCCCCGUGGAGUGGAAUCUUAAGGGUCGUGUUUUUGCUGACUGAAUUGUCUGGUGCUAUGAUGUUCACAGAGAACCCAUUUUGACUUUUCUUUUCUGUACUCUUUCAAUCGAAGGGUAGCCUCUGAGGGUAAGUGACUAAGACUUCUCCUCUGCUGUCCAAGCGCUUUGGUGCAGGGCCAGCGGCGACGUCAGGCUGUCCAGCGGAGGCUGCUCUAGACUGGCGGUGCGCGCGGUAGUGGCCACGGCCGGCGCUGCUGCUGGCUCUGACGGUUGUGCUCCUUGCUAUCCCUCUCGAGCUUUGGUAAAUGUACACGGAAGACGCAGUGCCUCCCUCUGGGACGAGCUGGGCAGAGCCGGGCACAGCGAGGGCGGGCUGGGCGCGGGCCCGGGGCGCGGAGGCUGUUUCUGGAGCGACGCGUCCUUAGGGAGGCGGCAUCUUCAGUCGUUCCAUGGACACUAAAGCUGUGACUGAUUCCAAACAUGGCCGUGACUUACGUAACUUGAGGACUUUGUUGGGUUAAGUCGCACCCCUGACUGCGGAGAGCUCGCUGGAUCUGCGGGGCUGGGGGCUGCCCUGCCGGAGGCGUCUGUAGAAUCCAGAAGUUCCCGCCCCGGGUCUGGGUGGGUUUGUCUGCUGCCCUCUCCUGGGCUGGGGGUGGGGGCGGGGGCCGGAAGUCCGCCGGGCGCAGCCUGACUUGUGUGCCCCGGGGAGGGGGGUUCCGGGGCUCACUGCUGCUCGUGGCCUUUCGAGUGUCCUCAUGGAAUUGUUUGCCACAACACUGAUGAAGUCAGUUUAAAUCUGAUUUUAAUCUAUUAAACCUUAGAAAAAUAGUCUUUUACAUAUUAGAGAAAUAUAUAUAAAGGAGAAUGUUACAAAUAUUGAUGGUUUUGAAUGUUUUAACAUUUUUAAAAAUGUAGAGUUUGUAUUUCUAUCUCUUCUGAAGUAUGAUAAAAUUUUAAAGAUGUUCUUACGGUGAUGAAAUGGAAUAUUUUGUUGCUUCUGUCUGAUUCUGUGAAUGUUCAUUUUAAGACUCCUUAUUGAACGGGACAGUUUGGAAACGGCUGUCUAAGCCCGAGAAGAGGACGCCCCUUUGGGCACUGGCUUCCUCUGCAGGGCGCCCCAGGCACCCGCCUUGCACCCAGGGGAGCUGUCCCCGUCCCGUGGACUCCCUCGUGGAAGUGGCAGCUCAGUUGCCCAGAGAAGGACCAGGCCUCGGGCACUCUCGGACGAACAGGACGCAGGAGGACGGCGCGUCUCCCGGCAGCCUGGUGGCCGCGGCUCAGCCGGUGCCUUUGAGUUUGCAUGUCUGCACCACCGUGGAGGACGAGCGUUCAGACCCUUGAAUCAGUGCAUCCCACUGCUGCAGGAGGCUGCUCCGCGGCCUGUGCAGGGCACGGAGCAGGCCAGAGCUGAGGGAAAGUCAAGUUGAAGUCGGUUCUCUUCAUAGCAACUCGUCUGACAUUCAGCCAGCUUUUUUCCCCCAGUAAUGUGUCCUCCUGUCUGCGUAGGAAGCAGCCAGGAGUCCUUGCGUAGCCUCGGGCGCCCCCGGCCUGUAGCUCUAGGCUGAACUACAUGAACGACAGUCUGCGCACGGACGUGUUUGUGCGGUUCCAGCCCGAGAGCAUCGCCUGUGCCUGCAUUUACCUCGCCGCCCGGACGCUGGAGAUCCCUCUGCCCAGUCGUCCGCACUGGUUCCUUUUGUUUGGAGCAACUGAAGAAGAGAUUCGAGAAAUCUGCCUGAAAAUCCUGCAGCUGUAUACACGGAAGAAGGUGGACCUGGCGCACCUGGAGGGUGAGGUGGAGAAGAGGCGGCAGGCGAUCGAGGAGGCGAAGGCGCAGGCCAGGGGCCAGCUGCCCGCGGGCGCCCCGGUGCUGGACAGCGGCUCAGGGUUCUCGCCUGGCCCCAAGCCAGUGGAAUCCCCCAAGGAAGCCAAAGGGAACCAACCCUCCCCGCCGCCCGUCAAGGACACCAAGAGGAGAGCCAAGGCCGACAGCCCGGUGAACGGCUUGCCCAAGGCGCGCGGGAGCCGGAGCCGGAGCCCGGGGCAGAGCUGCUCGCCGUCCCCCUCCCGGUCCACGUCCCCGAAGAGGAGGAAAAGUGACAGCGGCUCCACGUCCGGCGGGUCCAAGUCUCAGAGCCGCUCCCGGAGCCGCAGCGACUCGCCGCCCCGGCAGGCGCCCCGCAGCGCCCCCUGCAGGAGCUCCGAGGCGCGGGGCCCUCGGAAGCCCAAGGACUGCAAGUGCCCCCCCCAGAAGCCACGCAAGUCUCGGAGCCGCAGCUCCUCCCGCUCGCGAAGCCGCUCACGGGAGCGGGCAGAAAACUCUGGCAAAUACAAGAAGAAAAGUCGUUACUACCGAGAUGAGCGGCGGGAGCGCUCGCGGUCGUACGAGCGCACAGGCCGUCGCCACGAUCGGGGCCGCCCCGGGCACAGCCGGCACCGGAGGUGAGGCAGACCCGGACCUGCCCAGGCCCUCGGCUCCAGCGGCCUGAGCGCGGUUCUGGUUGGAAAUGGUCUUUGAUGCUGGACCUUGAGGUGAACCUGGACAUGGCAUUGAGGAGCCGGGUGGCGCCCCUGUGCAAGGCCCACCUCGGCCGGACCCCACGGGCAGCUCAGCAGAAGAGCAGGGCGCAGGGCCCUGUGGGUGUGGCUUGGUGCUAACGUCUGGCUGUCCCCCUCCUGACCCGAGGCCCGGUGGCGACUCCCGGAGAGCGGCUCUCGGGCCCCUGUCUGCAGUGUUGGGGUGAGGCAUCGGCCUUAGCCCCUCGGGCUCAGCACGCGGUGGACAGGCGUGUGGCACACAGGUCAGAGCCUCGUGUGGACGCUCACUCGGAACCCGGACUGGGCCGGCUGAGCGCUGGCCCACGUGGGGCAUCCUGAUCUUUAAGACGAGAAGGUACUUGGCUCCGUGUGGAGCCGUCUGUUUUUAUCUGCAGUGCUGAGUGCGGGCACCAGCUCCUCGAGUUUGCUACGUGUGGAUGGAUAGACUACUCAGGACAUGCGGACACUGAAGACUGGCCGCCGACAUGCUGGCCUGUCCAGUUGGCCCAGCUGGCUUCCACUCAAGGGCCGUGGCAGCUGCUGCCCGACUCCCUGCUCAUUAAAGUGUUGGCUUUGUCCUGA